AACAGCUAUUUAAUGCAACUCUGCCAGUGUGUUCUUGAUGGUUAUGUCUUAACAAUUCUAAUUUUUAAAAAAAUUAUUACUAUUUUUUUUCAUCAGAGCCAUUGCACUGGAAAAUAAUUUUUUAUUUUCAUGAUAGCCUACCGUUGAAUUUACCGUUCUGAUAUUAAUGAAACAUCUCUAUAAAGGGUUGAAGUGUCUUCCCGCAACAAUUGCUAAGGAACAGAAUUGUCAAUUUAUUAAUGAAAUAUGACGUGUGUUGAACAAGACAAGCUGGGUCAAGCAUUUGAAGAUGCUUUUGAGGUUCUGAGGCAACAUUCAACUGGAGAUCUUCAGUACUCGCCAGAUUACAGAAAUUACCUGGCUUUAAUCAACCAUCGUCCUCAUGUCAAAGGAAAUUCCAGCUGCUAUGGAGUGUUGCCUACAGAGGAGCCUGUCUAUAAUUGGAGAACGGUAAUUAACAGUGCUGCGGACUUCUAUUUUGAAGGAAAUAUUCAUCAAUCUCUGCAGAACAUAACUGAAAACCAGCUGGUACAACCCACUGUUCUCCAGCAAAAGGGGGGAAAAGGCAGGAAGAAGCUCCGACUGUUUGAAUACCUUCACGAAUCCCUGUAUAAUCCGGAGAUGGCAUCUUGUAUUCAGUGGGUAGAUAAAACCAAAGGCAUCUUUCAGUUUGUAUCAAAAAACAAAGAAAAACUUGCCGAGCUUUGGGGGAAAAGAAAAGGCAACAGGAAGACCAUGACUUACCAGAAAAUGGCCAGGGCACUCAGAAAUUACGGAAGAAGUGGGGAAAUUACCAAAAUCCGGAGGAAGCUGACUUACCAGUUCAGUGAGGCCAUUCUCCAAAGACUCUCUCCAUCCUAUUUCCUGGGGAAAGAGAUCUUCUAUUCACAAUGUGUUCAACCUGAUCAAGAAUAUCUCAGUUUAAAUAACUGGAAUGCAAAUUAUAAUUAUACAUAUGCCAAUUACCAUGAGCUAAAUCACCAUGAUUGCUAAAUAUACUUUCAUAUUUCAUGGUUUACUGGCAUCGGAAAUCUCUACAAGUUUUAAUGAUUUCUCCCUCCCUCUCUUUUUUUCCUCCUCUGAAGAAAUUUAGGAUUUUUCUCUUAAAGCAAAUACUAAAGAGGAAAAAAAAUUAACUUUAUUGUUGCUUUUAUCAAAGAGUAUGUAAUCUAUACUAACUUGUUGGGAAAUUCUGCCAAUGAACAACUUUUUUAUAAUACUUUGUGAAGAUUCAAUGAACAACUUCAUUGUUUCAAAUGAUCAAGCCCAUUUGAAAGUAUAGACUAAGGUCCUUGCUCUGCUCUUACUAUUCUCUCUCUAUUAAAAUUUUUAUUUUUUUAUUUUAUUAUUUUUUAAAGAGGUCUCAGCCAAGAUAAUUUUUUAUUUUUAUGGAUUUAGGAGUACAAGUGCAGUUUUGUUGCUUUGAUAUAUUGCGUAGUGGUGAAAUAUAUUGCAUAGCAUCCUCAUCACUAGAAUAGUGAACACUGUACCCAAUAGGUAGGAUUUCAUCCCUCAUCCCCCUGGCAUCCUCCCACCUUUCAGAGCCUCCAGUGUCCAUUACUCCAUUCUGUAUGACCAUUGCUAAGCUCCCAACUAUACCCACUUUAUUUUAUUUUAAAAAUUGUUUUCUUUUGCUGCAUACUUCAAUGGAUGCAAAGUCUUUUUCUUUUUUCUUUUUUUCUUUUCUUUUCACAGACGAUGACUUCUUUGUUUGUUUGUUUGUUUGUUUUUGGCUGCUAACUCCCAAGCACAACACUGACAGUGACUUAUAUUUUUAAUUUUUUUUUUUUUUUUUUUGAGACGGAGUCUCGCUCUGUCGCCCAGGCUGGAGUGCUGUGGCGCAAUCUCGGCUCACUGCAAGCUCCACCUCCCGGGUUCACGCCAUUCUCCUGCCUCAGCCUCCCGAGUAGCUGGGACUGCAGGCGCCUGCCACCACGCCCGGCUGAUUUUUUUGUAUUUUUAGUAGAGACGGGGUUUCACUGUGUUAACCAGGAUGGUCUCGAUCUCCUGACCUCGUGAUCCGCCCGCCUCGGCCUCCCAAAAUGCUGGGAUUACAGGCAUGAGUCACCGCGCCCGGCUAUUUUUAAUUUUUUUAAGAGGCAAAGCCUACCUCUGAAGCUCUCUUUUUUUUUCUUUUCACACUUCAAUAAGCUGGUUUAAAUUCUUGCUAUUCUCUAUGCAACCACCUUCUUCUAGAUUAACAGUGCCAGUACAGAUGAUUUGAUUUAUAUAUUGAUUUCAGCAUUUUCUUGUCAUGUACUCAGGUGAGAAGAUUCACACUUUUAUAUGAUGGCUUUACAAAAAAAAUUUGUAAAUGACUGCAUAUGAUAAAGCCUUUGUGCCAAAAUGGGUUCAUGGCUUUAAAAACAUCACUAGAAAUGUCUGUUCAGCUUCCUUACACAUUUUUUAAUUUCCUUCUCUUUUGAUCUUACCCAUUUUUACAACUUAAAGCUUUUUUUUUUUUUUUUGAGACAGGGUCUCACUCUGUCACCUAUGCUCAGGUGCAGUGACACGAACAUGGCUGAAGCACAGCUAAUUUUUUUUUUUUUUUUUUGUAGAGACUGUUUUGCCAUGUUGCCCAGGCUGGUCUCUAACUCCUGGGCUCAGGCGAUCUGCCCACCUUGGCCUUCAGAAGUGCUAGGAUUACAGGUGUGAGCCACCGAGCUGGCCCCAAAACUUUUUUAAUGUUUAAAUUUUACCACUAUACUAAGGAGGAGUUACCCAUUUUUUUAAUUGCCUUUUUUCUUCCUUCUUAUUAGGGAGGGGUAAGGAAGAAGACUUUGUCAGCAGAAAGCAGGUCUUAAUUGCUUUUUUGUUUGUUUGUUUUGUUGCUAUUGAGUUGUUUGAGUUCCUUAUAUGUAUUGGAUAUUAAACCCUUGUCAGAUGUCUGGCUUACAAAUGUUUUCUCCCAUUCCAUAGGCUGUCUCUUUACUCUGGUGAUUAUUUCCUUUGCUGUGCAGAAGCUUUUUAGUUUGUUUGUUUUAGCUACACGUCAUGAACUAAGAAGCUUUUUAGUUUGAUGUGAUAUCAUUUGUCUAUAUUUAAUUUUGUUGUCCGUGCUUUCGGGAUCAAAUCCAAAAUAUCACUACCCACACCAAUGUCUUAUAUGUUUCCCCUAUGUUUUCUUUCUUUCUUUUCUUUCUUUCUCUCUCUCUCUUUCUUUCUUUCCUUCUUUCUUUCUUUCUUUCUUUCCACUGUCAUCUGACCCCCUAUGUUUUCUUCAAGUAGUUUUAGGGUUCUUGGUCUUAUGUUCAAGUCUUUCUUUCUUUCUUUCUUUCUUUCUCUUUCUUUCUUUUUCUUUCUUUCUUUCUUUUCUUUCUUUCUUUCUUUCUUUUUCUUGUUGACAAUUUUCCUGAGCAAACUAAUGCAGGAAUGUUUAAGCUUUUAAUCCAUUUUGAAUUGACUUUAGUAUAUGGUGUUGAAAUAAGGGUCCAAUUUUAUUUUUCUGUUUGCCGAAAUUCAGUUUUCCAUACACCAUUUAUUAAAUAAAGCUGUCUUUUUCUUCUUGG